GGGAUUGUGUGCUCUGAAAAAAAGCAAAUCAUCAACAAAAUAAAGGGGUCAAAGCAUUGAAUAGAAUAAGCAGUUUUUGCUAAAGAAGGCAAUCCCAGAUUGAUUAACAACAGAAAUGAUGAAUCAUCAAAGUUUAAUUAAUUCUCUGAUUCAAUUAAAGCAUUCCUGAAAUCGAGACAGAGAUAACGCAGAGCGAAUCCGUGUUUAUAUUGAACCGCGCGCACCACAUCAAUUCACGCUUCAACAUCAGCUUUUAGAUUUUGAACAAAAAUGUCAAGCAACGAAGAAUCAAUGGAUGAUAGCAAUGGACAGUCAUUUGGAAAGGUCAAACAACGUUUCAAAGAUCGAUCCCAGAAAACAAAGGAGAAGACGAAACAGAUCUUGUCAAAACAAGCUGAUAAGAUCGCGAAACGAGCUGAGGAACAUGAACGAUUUAUUAACAAGGUGACACAUCUGAUGGGUGUUCUUGGGUUUGGGGCAUUUUGCUUUAUACUGGGUGCAAGGCCACAGGAUAUUCGAUAUGUUUACUGUUUGUUCUAUGUCAUUUUCGUUCCUCUGAGAUGGAUCUACUACAGAUACAAGAAAUGGCAUUACUAUCUUUUGGACUUUUGCUAUUAUGCAAACAAUAUUUUUGUAGUCACGCUUCUGUUGUUUCCUACAAAUGAGAAGCUAUUUAUGGUUUGUUUCUCGUUCGCAGAGGGGCCUCUAGCAUGGGCAUUGAUUGUUUGGCGCUGUAGCUUAGUUUUUAGUUCAGUUGAUAAAAUUGUCAGUGUCUUCAUACAUCUUUUACCUGGGUUGGUUUUCUUCACAAUUCGCUGGUGGGAUCCUGAGUUUUUUGGAGCUAUGCAUCCUGAAGGUACUCCAGCACGAGCAUCAUGGCCUUACAAAGAAAACCAAUCCUACCUUUGGACUUGGCUAUUUUGGGUCCCAUUAGCUGCAUAUUUUCUCUGGCAGGUUCUCUAUUAUCUCAUAGUAGAUGUCCUACGCCGACAGAGAUUUCUGCGAGACCCUGAAGUUAUGACAUCUUACAGGGAGCUCUCAAAAAAAGCAAAGAAAGCAAACAACAUAUGGUGGCGCGUCAGUGGUUUGCUUGGAGAUCAGAAUCGCUUGUUUAUGUAUAUUCUGCUCCAGGCCGUAUUUACGCUAGCAACUACAGCACUCACCGUGCCCAUAUUUUUGUCAUAUAAGUUGCAUGUUGUAUUCCAAGUACUCAAGGUUUCAGCAUCUAUAUGGAAUGGUGGAAACUUUAUGUUAGAUGUGAUGCCCAGGCAAGUGAUUCUCAAGGAGGAAAAGAAAAAAUCAAAGAUGCCACCUGUCCCCAACCAGAACGAUCAGACUUCUUUGCAGGAGAGCGCAACGGAUACUAAUAAUGCUUCUGAAACAGUCCAGUCUGAAUAAUGGAACUAUCUGAUUUGGAGUGUCCCAUCAUCACACUUAGUUGUUAACAUUUCUGCCUGCUUUACAUACAAAUGAAUGAAAGGUUUAAGUUCUGUGAACUCCAAGUUGUAGAUUUGGUGAAAGGAAAAAAUGAACCAUCUUCAUUCCGUUGUGAAUUAAAUCUGAAUAGUUGUUUGUGCUUUGGUAUACUUGGUGAAGGAAAGAUUAGUUUAGUUGUGAACUUUUUCUGAAUUUUCAGUUGAAUCACAUGAGACAGACGAUCUAGCAGUUUGAAGGGGAGCUUUGGAGCAUAGGUUCGAGCCAUGAAAUUAGCCUUUGAUGCUUGCGUCAAGGUAUGUUGCCUAUAUUACACCCUUUGGGGUGCGAUCCCCAGACCCUGUGUGAUUACGGGACGCUUUGUGCACGGGCUGCCCUUAGACGGUCUCACAGUUUGUGUACCUAGGUGGCCUUUCCUGAGCUUAAAGGCUUUUCUUUUUGGUUUUCUCAUUGGCAAAGAGUGAGUUAAGGUAUUUCUUUCUGCCCCUCCAUAUCAAGCUUUACUUAUAUAACACUUCCUUUUUCUUUUAUUGUAGAAACCGAAGUAGUUGGGUUCAAAUGCCAUAGAAUUCUUCUUCAUGAGGGAAGAAAUUAACUAUGACAAGCUGUACUUUCUUUGAUGCUUCGUUUUAAACUACGACUAGUUGCUUC